AGACGCGGUCGACGAUGACCAAGAGAGGCCCAAUCUCCCAAGACUCCGGUCCUCGCUUAAAUUUCUUUUUUCUUCUUUUUUUUUUCACUCGAAAUUUGAUUUUUUCCGGCCAAUCAUAGUCAACACGUAGAAAACACAAAUUCUUCUUCUUAUUAUUAUUAUUUCUAUAAACCAAUUCAUCAUCUUCAUAAUCAAGUAAUUUGAUUGCCCCUUCCAAAGUUCCAAUAGAGGAAAGAAUUGCCUCUCUCUCUCCGGCACCGGUUCGUCUUUUUGAUCUUCUCUUUUUCUUCCUUUACUUUCCUCUUCAGGCGGUUCUCUUCUGUGAUCGGUCUCGUAUACUCGUAUUUGGAUCCGUCGAUCUGAUAUCUUGUAGAGGGAUUAUUCGCCAAGAUUCACCAUGUCCUCUGAUUCUGACUCGUCGUCGUACGGUGGCGACUACAAGAAUUUCAGGCAAAUCAGCCGUGAAAGAUUAUUGCACGAAAUGCUUCGAUCUGCCAAAACCGGAGACUCAAAGUCAACCUGGAAGGUACUCAUCAUGGACAAACUCACUGUUAAGAUAAUGUCUUACUCGUGCAAGAUGGCUGACAUCACGCAGGAAGGAGUUUCAUUGGUAGAAGAUAUAUACAGACGAAGGCAGCCAUUGCCCUCUAUGGAUGCUAUAUACUUCAUUCAACCAUCGAAAGAGAAUGUUAUCAUGUUCAUGUCGGACAUGGCUGGAAAGUCACAUUUAUAUAAGAAGGCAUUUGUUUUCUUUAGUUCACCGAUUUCAAGGGAGUUGGUUGCUCAUAUCAGGAAGGAUGCAAGUGUUUUACCUCGGAUAGGUGCAUUGAGAGAGAUGAAUUUAGAGUAUUUUGCUAUAGACAGCCAGGGUUUUGUUACUGAUAAUGAUAGGGCUUUAGAAGAGCUUUUUGGGGAUGAGGAGAAUCCUCGGAAAGGCGCUGCAUGCUUGAAUGUGAUGGCUACACGCAUUGCUACAGUUUUUGCUUCAUUAAGGGAAUUUCCUUCUGUUCGCUACCGGGCUGCCAAGUCUCUUGAUCCUACCACGAUGACAACUUUCCGUGAUCUGAUUCCUACUAAGCUUGCUGCUGGAGUUUGGAACUGUUUGAUGCAAUAUAAGAAAAUUCCUGAUUUCCCUCAGACAGAAACAUGUGAUCUGCUCAUCCUUGACAGAUCCGUUGAUCAGAUUGCUCCAAUUAUUCAUGAGUGGACAUAUGAUGCCAUGUGUCGUGAUUUACUGAACAUGGAAGGAAAUAAAUAUGUGCAUGAGGUUCCUGGUAAAGCAGGUGGACCCCCUGAGAAAAAAGAAGUUCUUUUGGAGGAACAUGAUCCAAUUUGGCUUGAGCUUCGACAUGCUCAUAUAGCAUAUGCUAGUGAACGAUUGCAUGAGAAGAUGACCACCUUCAUUACGAAGAACAAAGCUGCCCAAAUACAGCAUGGCCCAAGAGAUGGUGGUCAACUUUCUACGCGAGAGCUGCAGAAGAUGGUUCAAGCAUUACCACAGUACAGUGAACAAAUUGAUAAACUAUCCCUCCAUGUAGAGAUUGCUGGAAAGAUCAAUACAAUUAUCAAGGACUUGGGGCUUCGAGAAAUCGGGCAAAUUGAGCAGGACCUGGUUUUUGGAGAUGCAGGAAUGAAGGACGUUAUUAAAUUUUUUACCUCAAAAGAAGAUGUGACCCGUGAAAAUAAGUUGCGCCUAUUGAUGAUACUUGCAGCAAUUUACCCUGAGAAGUUUGAGGGUGAAAAGGGUCUCAACUUGAUGAAGUUAGCGAAACUACCACCUGAUGACAUGAAUGCAGUAAAUAAUAUGAGGUUGCUUGGACCAGCACCAGAUACCAAAAAAAGUUCCACUGGAGCUUUCUCUCUGAAGUUUGAUAUUCAUAAAAAAAAGCGUGCAACUAGGAAAGAACGUACUGGUGAAGAAGAAACAUGGCAAUUAUCACGUUUUUAUCCUAUUAUAGAGGACCUCAUUGAAAAACUAAGCAAGAGAGAGUUAUCAAAGGAGGAUUAUCCAUGCAUGAAUGACCCCAGUCCAACUUUUCAUGGAACAUCGCAACCUGCAUCAGUACAUCAAGCACCAGUGGCUCAGUCAAUGAGAUCAAGACGGACACCAACAUGGGCUCGACCUCGAAACUCUGAUGAUGGUUAUUCAAGUGAUUCGAUACUAAGACACGCAUCUAGUGAUUUCAAGAAGAUGGGUAAACGUAUUUUUGUGUUCAUUGUUGGUGGAGCCACUAGAUCUGAGCUUAGGGUUUGUCACAAGCUUACGUCUAAGCUUAAUAGGGAAGUAAUUCUAGGCUCAUCCAGUCUGGAUGAUCCUCCGCAAUUCAUUACGAAAUUGAAGCUAUUGACAGCAAAUGAACUCUCAUUGGAUGAUCUCGAGAUCUAGAAGUGUUGGGAUUGGCAGGGAAAUUCUCACUCUUUCAGUCUUCCUCUCCUAUUUGUAUUCAUAGAUAAAGUACAUCCAUUUUUUGAAUGUGUAGAUGUGCCAACUAAUAUUUCUUGGUGGUCACCAUCUGGCCGAGUCCAUCUGAGCAUUUUUGCUUAAUUCAGGCCGUUGCUUUUCUGUUUGCAUUGUAAUACUGGAUCCACUGAGCAAUUCAUGCUGUGUAUAAUAUUACUUGAAUAGAACAGAAAUAAGUGGAAUUUUUUUUUAUUUUUUUA